AUGGUUUCAAUAAAAGUAAUCCCAUCAACAACAAUCUUCAAAUCCCCAAAUAGAUACAUUUUAAACCACAAACCCCCAAACCAAAUCAGACUAAUUUCAAACUCACUAAGCCCUGAGCCCAACACAACACAGCUUCCCAAUAAUAAUCUCUACAGUGUCAGUUUCAAGACUAUUGGAACAGGUAAGCUUGGCAUCUCCAGAUACCCCGAUUUCGAAUAUUCUCCUCGAGGUGGCUCCGGCGCCGGAACCGCCCGGAAAAUCGACGGCGACGAAAACAGAGCUUCACAAAAAUCCGAAUUGUCUGCUUGUUUCGAUGUGGGCACUCUGUAUAUCCCUCCUCUGACCAGCCAAACCACCAAAUUUCUCGGCUUUCCAUUGCCGCCGUUUCUCAAAAUCGAUAUAUCUCCGGAGGUUUUCGAAGGAACUAUCGACCCAGAAUCCGGGAAGGUGGAAUUGGAGUUCACGGCGAAGUUCUGUUUCACGGCGGGAGGAGGGCUGUACAGAGCUCCGGCGCUGGUGGUGAAAACGGUUUUGACGACGGAGGAAUCGAUAGGAGAGAGAAAGAGAGGGAGAGGAGAGAGAAUGGACGGGGGAGGAAAGUGUAGGCUCGUCGGCGUCGCGAAAGUGGAGACUGUCGACGAUUGGUUUAUGAACACGUUCCUUUCUCUCCCGGCGGAGUGUCUCGCCGAUCUACAAGCUGUAAUCUCAGUCUCCGAUAAUCAAUCUUGA